UACCAAUGCAUUUCUAACCACAAGGCCCUCUGCCUCACAACCCUAGGCCUAACAAAAUGGCCACCCACCAAAAGCCUACCCCUUCCACGCUGCCGCCGCUGCUUCUCCUGCUGCUGCUGCCCUCCCUGAGCCUCGGCGUCGGGGGAGACGGCCCAGGCGAGGGUGGGGGGCCCGAGAAAGCGUCGGUGGUGUCCACGGGGCAUUGCGUUCGCUGCUGUGGCUCCGGGACGCCGCCACCCAUUCAACUCAAUCUGGCCAUCCUGCGGGGCGACGUGGGCGAGAAGGGCAAGCACGGAGUUGGGGGUCGCAGAGGUCGUCCCGGCCGGACCGGGGUCAGGGGUCACAUCGGAACCAAGGGGAACCACGGAGAGCCGGGGCCCCCCGGGAUGCCCUGCAAGCCCCGCUACGCGGCCUUCUCGCUGGGACGACGCUCCCCGCUCCACUCGGCAAACGGCUCCGCCGCGUCGCCACUGCCCUUCGACUCGGCGUCCAUCGUGACCGGGGGCAGCGUCGACCUCGCCGCGGGCUCGUUCACGUGCGCAGAGGCCGGCGUCUACCACGUGACCCUCACGGUGCACACGUGGAACGCGCGCGAGACGUACGCGCACGUCAUGCGGAACGGGAACCCCACCGCCGUUCUGUACGCCCAGCCCAGCGGGCGCAGCGUCAUGCAGAGUCAGAGCCUGCUGCUGCCCCUGCAAGUGGGAGACAGGGUGACUCGGGUGAGACUUCACGAUGGCGACCGACCGAACGCGAUAUUUGGCGACGAUUCGGACCUCUACAUCACCUUCAACGGACACAUGGUGCAACCGCUACCGUCAUAGACACCACACCACGUGACACACACACACCACGUGACACACAACACACCACGUGACACACACGUCACGCACACACACACACACCACGUGACAUACACACACCACGUGACACACACACACCACGUGACACACACACACCACGUGACACACACGUCACGUGACACAAACACACCACGUGACACACACACCACGUGACACACACACACCACGUGACACACACACCACGUGACACACACACCA